ACAUGUUGCAUCUUCGCCUCUCUCCCGCCACCACCAUCUUCCCUGCUACUGCACUCUGUUCCCCCCUCACCACCCCCUGGCCGCUUUCUCCAUCUCAUGCUUCGUUCCGGCCAUACAGCCAUUCAGAGCCGGUAUCUCACUCCCCGCCAAGACGUUUAUCUCUGACCCAAAUAAGCAGGCCCUUAUCUCCUCCACAAUGCCCCCCCGUUCCCAUAGAGAACGACAUGGAUUUGGCCGAGCUUAUCCUCGCCCUUGACCGCCCCUGGCCUAGUCCACUGAUGGAGGGGCCACUUCAGAUGGCUUGGGACGGUUCGAGUACUCCGUACCUCGUACUCUGUCUCUUCUCGCCCAACGCCCGAAGCCUUGGAAUGUUCCCGCGCCCGCCCGCCGGUGAGAACAAUCCGGCAGCCUGUGAAGCGAGUAAAGAUACCUGGCGGCGCGAAAACACGGCCCUGGCGCACGGGAGCUAUUCCUAAAUAGUCGGAAGCCCUUCUCUCCAACAUUCCAGCGUCUCCAGACUUGGUGCAACUCUCAACAUUCGGGCCAGGCGUCCCACCCCCUAGGCAGCUGAUGAAAGCAAAUUAGAUCACGGAUAGGUAGCUGAAAGACUGUCAGCCCUUCCUUUGGUGCAAGCUGGUGAUGCACUGCAGCGGUGGACCCGAGGCGGGUUCGACCCUGAACUUUGACCACGAGUCACGACACAGCGCCGGAACCAGUACCGAGGGGGGAUCAUAUCAUCCAGUUGCGAGCAAGCUUAAUAGACCUCCCGCGCGCAUAUCGCGCGAAUGGCCUUUCUAGUAG